AUGAACGGAGAAAGAAAGUCAAAGUCCCUGAAAACUGUACGUCUGGGCGACCUAGUCUACGAUGAGCAGAAGAGGCUGCUGAUGCUGUGCCGCAGCUGCGAUAAUUAUUUUGUCAGAUUGCAAUUGUUCCAAAAACAUUUGGUCGACUGCUCUGGCGUUAAACAUGUUGUGAACUCCACUGAUCAACUCAGCUACGUCGAGGAGAAGCAUGAGACGAGGUUAACAAAUGGAGGACAGGAGCUCCACAUUUACAACAUUGAAGAUGUGAGCAGCAGUGUCAUUGACUGGGAGGCAGAAUUGGAAGAUCCACGUUGGUACGACGACGAGACGCGCUUAUCCGCGCUCCCCAAACCAAAGACAUCGCAUUCCAAAGAAAAUGUGGUGACCCAAAGGCAAUUGGUCAUUGAGAAGACACCGCAGAUAGCAGCCGCAACGAGGACCAUAAGGCGUCGGCAAAGUCCGAUUCAUAAACAUCCAACCAAAAAGAUUAAGACAGAGGCUGUCAUUGUGCCCCAUGUAAUGGAGGACUUAAAGCGUCUGGUGGCCACUGACACGGAAGUCCAGCCAUCCCCAGCAGUUGCCAAUGGCAGUGUAGGCAAAGAAGCAACCACUAACACCACCCAACAGAUACUCAGCAAACUUCGGGCAUGUGGCGUCGAUGUGAAGCGUGCCAAGACUCAAGUGAUUCCCACUUCUACAGUAGACCCCGAUUUGGCGAAAAAACAGAAAACCCUCGAAAUAAUGCGUAAGUUGCAAUCAAAAGGAAUCAAGUGCACGAAAAUAAGAGGUGAAUGCAAUGCACCAAAAAUAACAGAGGAAUUCUCGACUCAAAAGCGAGGAGGGGAAUACCCUGAACCAAUAAUAAAAUCCCAUCCAAAUCAUAUUAUAAAGGAGUACGAUGCACCCUCAAUGCAAGAUACUCCGUGCUCGAUGAAAGCGGAAUCUAAUAUACCAAAAAUUACAAAGGAUUACUACAAUGCAUCAAAAAUAAAAAAGCUGUCCUAUGCACCAUAACAUAAAAAGACUAUUGCUCUUAGUUAUAUGCUUAUGCUUGUGUAUUAUCUAAUAUAAAUGCAUCCUGGGCUAUACAU